GCGCCCGCUCCAGCUCUCGCGCCUCUCAUCUUCGGUCCUCACAACCGGCGCUGAGCUCCUUACAUCCUUUCUGGCUCGCUCAUCUCUCUCUCCGUUACCACCGGACGGCACCGACACACCACCGAUUAGUCGAAGCUGUGGAGAUGACUCUGUGCUAACACGAAGUCACAUGUGGUAAUGCGCUGUGGAGGAUGCAGGUUUGGAGGCGGCAAGAUGGAGUGUUCCUGGAAGACAGUGCUGCUGCUGGUGUGUGCGUCUCUGGGGGUCCAGUACACGGCCAUCCGGACCCUGAGGGAGUCCCUGCACAGCCCCUGUCAGGACGUGCACCGCUGCCAGACACACACACCCCGAGACCACAGGGGGAGGGUGUUGUGUGACGACGGCACCCCAGCCUCGUCCCCCAGCUCGCCUCCUCGCCGCCACAUCCUGCUGUUCGCUACCACCCGCAGCGGUUCCUCCUUCACCGGGCAGCUCCUCAACCAGCACCCAGGGGUGUUCUACGCGUUCGAACCGCUGUACCACAUCCAGCAGGCCUUCACCAACUCCUCUAGCCGCCUGCGGCGCAGCCUGGACCGCCGGGCCCUGCUGGGGGCGUACCGCGACCUCCUCCUCAACCUCUACUCCUGCGACCUCACCUUCCUGGAGAGCUACAUCCGCCCCCGACCCCAGGACCACCUGACCGGAGCCUUCUUCCGGCGUAGCUCCAGCCAGGCGCUGUGUUCCCCGCCCGUGUGCCCCGAGGCGUGGGAGGCAGGCGCGGGGGGCCUCCCUGACGAGGCCUGGUGUCCCCGGAGGUGCGGAGCUCUGAACCUGACGCUGGCCUCCGCCGCCUGCCUGGCGCGGAGACACGUGGCCAUCAAGACGGUCCGCGUGCCGGAGGUGGGGGACCUGAGGACGCUGACGGAGGACCUCCGUCUCGACCUGCGGAUCGUCCACCUGGUGCGUGACCCCCGAGCCGUCCUGGCCUCCCGCAUGGUGGCCUUCCCCGAGCAGUUCCGCCCCUGGAAGAUCUGGAACGCCACUGGCCGCCGACCCCACUACCUGGACCUGUCCCAGAUCACGAGCACCUGCAGGGACAUGGCGGUGUCGGUGGAGACGGGGCUGAGCCGGCCGGCGUGGCUGCGGGGGCGCUACGUGCUGCUGCGCUACGAGGACCUGGCCCUGCGGCCCGAGGAGAAGGCCAGGGAGCUGUACCGCUUCCUGGGCCUGGAGAUGGAGGAGAGCGUGCGGGCCUGGAUCUCCCUGAACACCAACGGAAGCGUGGUGUCGCCCUCGGACUGGAACUACCGCUACUCCACCUCCAGGGACUCCCGGGCCACGGCGGAGAGCUGGAGGCUGCGGCUGGGCUUCCACGUGGUCCGGACGGUCCAGACGUUGUGCAACGACACGCUCUCCCUGCUGGGGUACCGGACGGUGCUCUCUGGGGACGAGCUCAGGAACAUGUCACACAGUCUGGUGGAGAGCAAGAGCUUCCAGCCAGACCUGUGACUGGGACCUCGGCGGGGAGACGAGGAGGCUACAGAUCUGAACUGAGUAGCUGGUUAUGAAACACGUUGAGCUGAACGGAGUAUUUCAUCUGGUGGUGGUUAGUCUGGAGCCUCUAGUGUCCUGCCCUCUCCGUUGGGGUCACAUGCCAUCACAGGCAUCUCAAAACCUUUAUGGGUUCUUGCCUCUUGACUUUUGGAAGUCUCUUAGUGAAGGGUGGUGGCUGUGUUUGCUGCUGCAGGACUGUAGCAGUGGUAUAAUGCUGUGUGACCACUGUCAAAUGAUGCUGCCUUUGGGAUUUUAUGCUCAUAUGGACAUUUUUCCAGAACUAAGAGUUGUUUGCUCUCGUCUUUCUUUUUUAAAGAUGAGGCGAAAGUCCUUUUCAGUCUGACCUGCAGUUAGACAGGUGUGAGGGAGACAGAGCUGUCGGAGGGAGAUGAGGAGGCAGGGGGUAUCAUUUAUGAAAUGAAGAUUACAGUACUUUCUCACCAAUACGUUUCUCUCAGUGUUUGUAAUACCAGAGGCUGAAUAUGUCACAGGUAACAACAUCACAGGACUGCUUCUGCUUUGAACGCAUCUCAACCCCAUGAAGCCCUUCUGUCGGGAACAUGAACUGGUCAGGUGUGAGGCACUAUAACCGACUUAUAGUUCAGUCACUUGCAGUGUUUAUCAUUAUAAUAAUAAUAUAUUGUUAUAUUAUAUUAUUAUAAAACGUUGUUUUAGUGACUUUGUGAAAAGUGCUAACAUGUUUCGUCUAUAAAUAUUGUUUAUGUAUAUUUAUAAUUUUUACAUAUCCUGAAGUGAAUUAAUAAAACAGUCUUGUCCUUCAAAACCGACAGAGAAGGGCUGAUCAA